AUGUUGUCGAACGUCCAGCUGCUUCGAUUUUCGGUUUACUUACUGCUUCUCCAAAGUCACCCUUUAAAGUCCCAACAUCAAUCCUCCAAUCUGUUGACAUUUCUCUACAACUUCCUCAAGGAUGGCCAGGAGAGAUUAAAUUUAGAAAAUCUGGAUAACAAAGUACAGCUCCUACCGGAAUACGAUUUCAUUGUGGUGGGUGCGGGGACAGCAGGCUGUGCCUUGGCGGCACGAUUAUCGGAAAUUCCCAAAUGGUCGGUAUUACUACUGGAAGCUGGUGGCCCAGAACUCCUACCCAUGGAUAUACCUCUCAAGGCCCAUUUAUGGCAGGGUAAUCCUUAUGUCGAUUGGAAUUAUCUCACACAACCUUCGCAGGAGUACUGCCUGGCCAUGGCGGGGAGGAGAUGUCAUUUUACUCGUGGCAAGGUUAUGGGCGGAUCAUCGGUAUUAAAUUAUAUGAUUUACACCCGAGGUAGUCGUUGGGAUUACGAUCAGUGGUCACGGAUGGGAAACCAGGGAUGGAGUUAUCGCGAAGUGUUGCCAUAUUUUAAGAAAUUGGAAAAUUCUAUGAUCCCGGAUGAGGACGAGGAGUAUAGGGGCCAUGGUGGUCCAGUGAAAAUUUCCUAUAUUAAAUAUCGUUCUCCAGUGGCCAAGGCUUUUGUCAAGGCUACCUGGGAGGAUGGUUUGCCCUAUGUGGACUAUAAUGGCCGGCAGCAGAUUGGGGUGUCCUUCUUGCAGACCACCACCGAUCAACGUUAUCGUUGGAGUUCCAACCGGGCCUAUCUUUAUCCGCUAAAGGGGAAACGUCGGAAUUUACAUAUAAAGAAAUAUAGUCAUGUCACCAAGAUUCUUAUAGAUCCUGAAACAAAAACGGCAUAUGGGGUAAGAUUUGAAAGUCAAGGCCAGACAUUUGAAAUCAGAGCGCGCAAGGAGGUCAUAUCCUCCGCAGGGGCCAUAAAUACCCCUCAACUGCUGAUGUUAUCUGGGGUGGGGCCCAAGUCGCAUUUACAGGAAAUGGGUAUAAGACCUCUAAUGGAUCUGCCAGUGGGUUAUAAUUUACAGGACCACCUGGCUGCGGGUUUGAAUUUUGUUAGUCAACUAAAAACCCUCAGACUUUCAGAUUUCCUCAAUUUAAGUUUAUCAACAAAUUUCGAAACUGGCCUAAGUCCCCUGAACCUCCCUGGUGGGGUAGAGGCCUUGGCAUUUUAUGAUCUAGAACAUCCGCAAAAUCCCCAUGGUUGGCCAGAUAUUGAAUGGUUUCUCAGCAGUGGUGCCUUGUAUGCCAAUCCAAGGAUUUCACAAAGUUUGGGUAUUCGUACCGAUGUCCUACAGGCCUUAUAUGGCAAGGCCAUCAGAGACAAAAGCAAUGUUUUUAUGAUAUUUGUGAAGCUGCUUCGGCCCCAUAGUAAGGGAAGAAUUCUCUUGGCCAGCCGAGAUCCAAAAAAGCCACCCCUCAUCUAUCCGAAUUUUCUCAAGGAUCCAAGAGACAUCAAAAUCCUUCUACGUGGCAUAGAAAGAGCUCUGAAUUUAAUGCAGACACCUACAAUGAAAAAUCUGAAGGCGCAAUUUUUACAACAAAAAAUACCAGGCUGCCAGAAUUAUCAGAACAUUACCUCUCCGGAAUAUUUGGAGUGUUAUGUACGCCAUUUGAGCUUUACAAUUUAUCAUCAAUCGGGAACGGCAAAAAUGGGUCCCGCAUGGGAUCGGGAGGCAGUAGUUGAUCCUCGACUCAAGGUUUAUGGUAUACAAGGUCUCAGGGUGGUAGAUGCCAGCAUUAUGCCGAACAUUAUUGCCGGACAUCCCAAUGGACCGGUUUUUAUGAUUGCCGAAAAGGCAGCGGACAUGAUUAAACAAGAUUGUGGAAAAUUGUGA